AGUGUUUGUAUGGUAACGUGUACUGAAUUAUUACCAUAUUCUCGUGUCACAUUUGCAUGAUGUACUUGAAUGAACACCAUGGUAACGUUAAAUUACUUCCAAAAUAUACUUCAGUAAGCGAUGUUGUUGUUGUUAAUGACACGGUAUUUUUAUGAUAAUUUGCUCCCGAAUCUUGAACGUGAGUGUUCACGAUGAUGUACAGUAGAUAUAGUAGCAGCUUAUGAUUGUUUUGGACGUAUCAUGGUCAUAAGUUUUCAAUAAAUAAAGUGAAUUUGCGCAGAUGAAGUUUCACUUUCAUUACAAGCUUAAGUUUUAUUUUUACUUUUAUUUUCUUUUAUGUUCCUUAAUCGUUUUACUUUCAAACUCACUACUAUACGUUUAACCAUAGCCUCUGUUUAUCUUAGUUUGCCCAAACUGAAUCUUAUACAGUUUAUUGUUUUUGCUGAUACAGACAGGACAAAUGAGGAGCUAUGACGAGUGAAAACCACGGAAGCAUAAAGGCAGAUCAGGCAUUGGUCAUGUCGCCCACCGGGUCCACAUCACAGGCAACGCCCUACUCGCCCUCCACCAGCAAACCCAUUCAAGAGCUACCAGAUGAGCUGAUACAGGCUGGGUGGUCGAAAUGUUGGAGUAAAAGAGAGAAUCGGCCAUAUUACUUUAACCGUUUCACUAACCAGUCACUGUGGGAGGUCCCUGUCCUGGGACAACAUGAUGUUAUUUCAGAUCCUCUGGGGUUAAAUGCGGCUCCUGCCUCUGGUGAGGUGACGGGAGAUGCGGGACUCGGCAAUGGGCAGCGUAAAAGACACCUGUCAGAAGAGACAGUCCCAAACAGUUUCAAGAAGCCAAAGAUUGAGACUCCUCCCACUCCGACAACACCCACAAUCCCCAUUUCUCCCAGCACACCAGGAGGGAAACCCUGGCUUUCCACCACAGAUGAUAAACCGGGUCAGCCCAGCGUGCCCGCGCCUGCUCCGUAUCGACCUUCUGUUGUGUAUUGGGAUCUGGAUAUUCAGACUAAUGCAGUGAUUCGAGAGAGGACUCCAGCGGAUCACCUGCCUCCUCACCCUGAGAUCGAGCUGCAGAGAGCUCAGCUCACCACCAAACUUCGACAGCAUUACCGCGAGUUGUGCUCACAGCGCGAGGGCAUAGAGCCUCCGCGGGAAUCCUUCAACCGCUGGCUUUUGGAGAGGAAGGUUAUAGAUAAAGGUUGUGAUCCAUUCCUGCCCAGUGAAUGCGACCCGGUCAUUUCUCCAUCUAUGUUUCGAGAGAUCAUGAACGACAUCCCUAUCAGGCUGUCUCGCAUUAAAUACAAGGAAGAUGCCCGAAGACUCUUGUUCAAGUAUGCAGAGGCGGCCAAGAAAAUGAUUGACUCCAGAUUGACCCACAGAAACGCAACUCCUGAAAGUCGAAAAGUGGUGAAGUGGAACGUUGAGGACACUAUGAACUGGUUGAGAAGAGAUCACUCGGCAAGCAAAGAGGACUACAUGGAUCGUCUGGAGCAUUUACGAGAGCAGUGCGGCCCUCACGUGACGGCCGUGGCAAAGGACUCCGUUGAAGGCAUCUGUUCGAAAAUUUAUCACAUCUCUGCCGAGUAUGUGCGCAGAAUCCGACAGAUUCACCUCGGUCUGCUGAAAGACUGCAACAUCUCGGUGGAAGGUGUGGAGACGCCAGAGGUUCAGGAUCGUUUGGUGUAUUGUUAUCCUGUCAGACUAUCCAUUCCUUCUCCUCCUCAACCUCGCGUUGAGCUUCACUUCGAAAACGACAUAGCCUGUCUGCGCUAUAAAGGAGAAAUGGUGAAGGUCAACCGUGGCCACUUCAGCAAACUGGAACUCCUGUAUCGAUACAGCUGUAUUGAUGACCCAAGAUUUGAAAAGUUCUUGUCUCGAGUUUGGUGCCUUAGUAAAAGAUACCAGGUGAUGUUUGGCUCAGGUGUGAACGAGGGCUCCGGCCUACAGGGGGCGUUACCCGUUCCUGUUUUUGAGGCUCUUAAUAAACAGUUUGGCGUUACGUUCGAGUGCUUCGCAUCUCCUCUCAACUGCUAUUUUAAGCAGUACUGCUCUGCGUUUCCAGACAUCGACGGCUACUUUGGGUCUCGAGG